AUGACUGUCACAAACGGCCUCGGCGUUCUUGAACCGCCACAGAAACUUCAUCGUCUCUCCUCCGCUGACGUGAAAGUUGAAGACCUACACCUUGGCCCUGCAAUAAUAGUCCCACCAGAAAAAAUGAAGACACCAGGAGAUGCCCACGAAACCGCUGCCGCCUUGGAACUUGCAAAGCAUAGACUCUCACAGAUUGAAGAUGGACAAGUGGUGUCCUCUCCGGGAACCCCUCCAGAGUCAGACGCUACCGACACUUUUGCUUUUGCAUUCGAUAUCGACGGCGUUCUUCUGAGAGGAGGAAAGCCUAUCCCUGAGGCAAUAGAGGCGAUGAAGGUGCUUAACGGUCAGAAUGACAUGGGUCUCAAAAUCCCUUAUAUCUUCCUUACGAAUGGAGGAGGAAAGACAGAGCAGGAGCGAUGUCUAGACCUUAGUCGACAACUACAACUUGAAAUAUCACCUGGUCAAUUCAUUUGUGGCCAUACUCCUAUGCGGGAGAUGGCUGAGAAAUAUGAAACUGUGCUUGUCAUUGGUGGAGAAGGGGAGAAAUGUCGGCAAGUCGCGGAGGGUUACGGCUUCAAAGACGUGGUCACCCCUGGCGAUAUCAUCAAAGACAACAAAGACACAACACCUUUCCGGAAACUAACAGAUGAAGAAACUAAGAAUUCUCGGGUCCGAAAUUUUGGAGAGCACAAAAUAAAUGCCAUCUUUGUCUUUGCAGAUUCAAGGGACUGGGCUGGGGACCAGCAGAUUAUUCUUGAUUUACUGACAUCGAAGGAUGGUGUGCUGGGGACUCGAUCCGAAACAUUCGAUGAGGGUCCGCCAAUUUACUUCUCACAUAAUGACAUGAUCUGGUCAGCCGCUCAUGAACACACACGAUUAGGCAUGGGCGCUCUGCGCGCCUCCAUCGAAGUAUUCUACGAGAAAUUGACGGGCAAAGAACUAAAGUCGAUAGCGUUUGGCAAGCCUCAGAUUGAGACGUUUGAAUUCGCUACAAGGCUUUUGCAGCAAUGGCGAAAAGACACUCAUGGCAUCAACAAGCCACCGGAGACAGUAUACUUCGUUGGUGACACCCCUGAAUCGGAUAUCAGGGGGACCAACGAGUACAAUGACUCAGAUCGAUCUGAGAAUACCUGGUACUCGAUCUUAGUGCGGACAGGCGUGUUUCGCGAAGGGACGAAACCACGCUUCACACCCAAGGCGACCGUUGACAAUGUGCUCGAGGCCGUUCGACAUGGCAUUAAACGUGAGGCGGCAAAGGCACAGAAGGCCAAUGUUUCUCACGGCGCCCUAAAUGGAUCGAACGGUGUCAUCGAGGAAUAA